CGGGCAACCAUUUCGUGAGGCGAGAGCCGGUCUGUGGCGGCGGCCUGCGCGUCGCGCAGCCUUCGGGAAAUGACGGAGAUGCCCUCCGAGAAGCCCUUGUCUGAGGGCAGCCCUCAAGGGCAGGCUUCUGGAGAUGACGGGAGUGACCCUAGUCCCGAAGAAGCAACAGAUGCUGGUCAAGGAAGUGAUUUGCUUCCCGGUGAGGGUUGUGCUGGGGACCCUUGGAAUGCCCUUGCCUUCGAGAACAAGCCGUCUACGUCGUCUGCGGGAGUUCCUUCCGGAGCAUUGAGGAAAGCACCAGCACUGCUUAUUGACAGGCAGCAAAUCCAGCCUGUUGUACACAGUGCUCAGGCAGAGGAACUCAGAGGCCUUGGGGUUGACGUGUACGACCAGGAAGUAUUGGAGCAAGGUGUCCUCAAGCAGGUGGACUGUGCAAUAAAUGAAGCAAACAAGGCAGUUCGUGUUGCUGAAGCAGAAAAGGAUUACCAGUCCGUACAGGAGGACUUCAGAUCAUGUACAACAUCCCUGAAACAAAUUGGUGCAAUUAUUGAACAGCUGACUCCUCAUGCUGCUACCAGCAAAGAUGUUAACAGAAAACUAGAUUCUGUGAAGCGGCAAAAAUAUAACAAGGAGCAACAGCUGAAAAAAAUCAAAGCUAAACAAAGGCACCUUGAAGUAAUUCUUGGUAAAAAGACUCCUGAUGGAUCAAAUGAUGCUGGGUUUGAGGAAAUUGAAGAACCUGGUCCCUCAUCCCUUGGCAGUAUGCUUAUACCAGCGCAGGAAACUGAAUGGGAGACGCUCAUCCGCACCGGUCAGAUGACUCCUUUUGGAACAAAAAUACUCCCGAAGGAGGAGAAGAAACCCCGCCGGGUAAUGCUCAAUGAAUCAUCUGAUUUUGAAAAGUAUUUGGCAGAUCAGGCACAGCUCUCGUUUGAAAGGAAGAGGCUGUCCGUUCAUAAGGGAGCCAGGCGGGAAACAUUUUCGGAGAUCAGCCCGGCCAAACCUCCAAUAUGCCGUGGCAAAGAGGGCAAGGGUAAGGGGAUGUCAAAAACAGACCGUUGUCUGGAGAAGCACAUGAGAAAGCUUCAGAACCACGUUCAGUCAAAGGGUAGAAUUCUGAAGUCCCAGCAGGUACAGGGAGGCGAUCCGCUAGAGGAUGGCAAAGAGUCUGACUGCGUCCUGGAUGAAGAAGUUUCCACUCCAGAGGAUGAGUUGUCUCAUGACAGUGAUGGUAUUGAGGAUUAUCAAAUAAAACCUCUGCCACGGAGAAGGAAGGAUUCCUUGAUGAAAGAGUUUCAGGAAGAAGCUGAGGAGGAUGACUUUUUCCCAAGCUCCGAUGAUGAAGAAGAUAUGGUUGGAAAACGCAGAAUAAAGAGAUGCCGAGAUGAUGGCGAUGAAGAUUAUUAUAAACAGAGGCUGAGGAGGUGGCGUAAACAACGGCUGAAAGACCGCCAGGAACGACUGAUGGCAGGGGAAGAGUCGGACGAAAGUGAUGCUGAAUUUGACGAGGGCUUCCGAGUGCCAGGUUUUCUCUUCAAGAAGCUUUUCAAGUACCAGCAGACAGGUGUUAGGUGGCUCUGGGAAUUGCACUGCCAGCAGGCGGGAGGAAUUCUGGGAGACGAGAUGGGAUUGGGCAAGACCAUCCAGAUAAUUGCCUUCUUGGCAGGUCUGAGCUACAGCAAGAUCAGGACUCGUGGUUCAAAUUACAGGUUCAGAGGUCUGGGUCCAACCGUGAUUGUGUGUCCAACCACUGUGAUGCAUCAGUGGGUGAAAGAGUUCCAUACUUGGUGGCCUCCAUUUCGGGUGGCAAUUCUGCAUGAGACAGGCUCUUACACAAACAAAAAGGUGAAAUUGAUUCGAGAAAUUGCGGCUUGUAAUGGUAUUCUGAUCACCUCCUACUCGUAUAUUCGCUUGCUGCAAGAUAACAUCCACGGUUACGACUGGCACUAUGUGAUUCUAGACGAGGGGCAUAAAAUUCGGAACCCGAAUGCUGCGGUUACAGUUGCUUGCAAACAGUUCUGCACUCCACAUCGAAUCAUCUUGUCUGGCUGUCCAAUGCAAAACAACCUAAAGGAGCUCUGGUCUCUCAUUGACUUUGUAUUUCCUGGGAAACUUGGAACGCUUCCCGUCUUCAUGGAGCAAUUUUCCGUUCCAAUAACCAUGGGGGGAUAUGCAAACGCAUCUCCAGUUCAGGUGAAAACUGCCUACAAGUGUGCUUGUGUUUUAAGGGAUACCAUUAAUCCUUACCUGCUGCGGAGAAUGAAGUCAGAUGUUAAAAUGACCCUCUCUCUGCCAGAUAAAAAUGAACAGGUUCUAUUUUGCCGUUUAACAGAAGAGCAGCAUCAAGUUUACAAAAACUUCAUUGAUUCCAAAGAAGUGUAUCAGAUUCUCAAUGGAGAUAUGCAGAUCUUCUCUGGACUGGUAGCCUUGAGAAAGAUCUGCAACCACCCAGAUCUCUUCUCUGGAGGCCCUAAGAUUUUGAAGGGUGUUCCCAAUGAAGAAUUAAACGAAGAGGAUCAUUUUGGUUACUGGAAACGUUCUGGGAAGAUGAUAGUCGUCGAGUCUCUGCUGAAAAUAUGGCACAAGCAAGGCCACCGAGUGCUGUUCUUCACUCAGUCACGGCAGAUGCUGCACAUCUUGGAAGCGUUUCUGAGGCAGAGAAGCUAUUCGUACUUGAAAAUGGACGGCACCACCGCAGUUGGAUCCAGGCAGCCACUUAUAGCAAGAUACAAUGAGGAUGCAUCCAUAUUUGUAUUCCUUCUUACUACCCGAGUUGGUGGGCUCGGUGUCAACCUGACAGGUGCAGACAGAGUGAUUAUCUACGACCCUGACUGGAAUCCCAGCACGGAUACCCAGGCUCGAGAGCGUGCCUGGCGAAUAGGUCAAACAAAAGAGGUGACCAUUUACAGGCUCCUUACUGCGGGGACCAUUGAAGAAAAGAUUUACCACAGACAAAUCUUCAAGCAGUUUUUAACAAACAGAGUGUUGAAAGACCCCAAACAAAAGCGCUUUUUCAAAUCCAACGAUCUCUACGAACUCUUUACGCUGACCAACCCAGAUGGGACUCAGGGGACAGAAACCAGUGCUAUUUUUGCAGGCACUGGUUCAGACAUUCCAACACCAAAGAGGGCAUUAAAGCGCAAAUGUAUGACCCCCGCAGAUGCUUCUAAAAAAUAUUCUCCUUUUUCUGAGCUCAGUUCAUCCAAACACAUUAAACAGUCUAGUUCCUUCUCAGCAAGGCAAUGUGAGCAUUCACCUACUGCUACUGUGGAAUCUGUUAAAAACAUCAAGGAAAACACAGAAAAGUUCCUGUGGACUGCCGAUUUCCCAGAGGAUGAUGCCCAGAUAACUACCAAUAAUACAGAUUCCUUCACUAUAGUGGAAGAGAAAACUUUCAAAACACCUGAAGGAUCACAGUCCGGAGUACAGCUAGGAAAGAAUGGGGUGUCUGAGAAUAUGGGACACUUAAGCUCCUUGUCUGUUGGUGAAUCGAGUGUAGAUGAAGAGAGGCAACAUAAUUUUGUAGAGAGCAACAGUCAAUGUGAGGAACAAGAUGGAGGCUCCAGAAAUGAGCGGUCAGAUAACGGUCACAACAAGCGCACUUCAAAAUUAAAACAUCGUAAUUCAGACCAUGAAGGCCAUAAAGACCAACCUAGAAAGGUCAAAAGCUCUCGUGAUGCCAAGUUUGAGGGCAAGCGAAUUCCUCACCUAGUGAAGAAGAGGAAGUUCCAAAGGGAAGACAAAAAUGAAGAGAGAGAUUCAAUGAAAAAUGAUGAUUAUGUUUUGGAGAAACUUUUCAAAAAAUCAGGCAUACAUAGCGUCAUGAAACAUGAUGUCAUCAUGGAAGCUUCCAGUCCAGAUUAUGUGCUGAUAGAAGCAGAAGCCAAUCGUGUGGCCCAGGAUGCUCUCAGAACUCUGAAAAUCUCUCGGCAGCGGUGCCGGACAGCUGCUUCUGGUGUGCCCACUUGGUCCGGUACCAAUGGCCUGUCUAGCUUGCCAGCAAGAGUAAAGUUUGGCCAGAAGAAGAACCCCGCCUUGGUGAGGCCGUCAUCGUCUUCUCCAUCUCCAGGAAAUGUUUGCAAGGACGCUGAAAGAUUGAGGAAGGAGAACAGAAACAAAACCGUGUCCAGCGUUCACUUUGACGGCCAGAUGGAAGCAGAAUCCUUGCCGGCUGCCCUGGACUCCUCGUUGCUGCUGGCUAAAAUGAGGGCAAGGAACCAUCUGGUUGUACCCCAGAGAAGAGACGGUCAGGCAGAGGAGGGUCUCCAGCAGGCAUCGGGGGCUGUGCCCCGCACAGAAACAGAACACGAUGAGCUGCUUGUAGACAUCCGAAACUUCAUAGCUUUCCAAGCCCAAGUGGAUGGUCAGGCGAGCACUCAGGAGCUACUGCAAGAGUUCGAAUCCAGGCUGUCUGUGGAACAGUCUUGUGUCUUCCGAGAGCUCCUGAGAAACCUUUGCACUUUUCAUAGGAGCUCUGGUGGGGAAGGACUCUGGAAACUGAAACCAGAAUUUUCCUGAUAAUGUUUUUGGGUUGCACAGUCCGUCCCUCUUGAUUCCUCUUUUAAACUGACAAAUGCUUUUUGUAUUACAUUCGUCAUAUUUAAUGAACACACACUAUUGCACUUAGUUAUCUUCUGUACACUGUUUUACAUCAACAGUGCUGUCUACCUCGGAAUGCAGCAAUAAGAAACAAAGUGGACCUUCCUUGUUUAUAAAAAGAAAUCUUGCAGUGAUUGGGAUUUGGGAUGCCUAAAUAAUAGCUGUGGGCUUACCGUUUGGGCUUUAUGAUUUCUGUGGCUCAGUUUACCAGAAAGCUUGACGGUUAGCCUGUAUAUGCUCUGCAUGUUCCGGUACUCAUGGGUGCUUUAGCGAGGAGGCAAGUGGUUGCUCCUGGUGCUUCACAAGCAAGGUUUUCAGUGCUGAGUUACAUUUGCACUGAUCGCUGUUUUCAGGAAGCAAAACGUGUAUGAGAGAACUCCUGGUGCCUGGGACCAAUUAGUUGAAAGGUCCAGAGGCUGAGUAGCUGUGCGAGUGUUGGAAAUGGGGCCUCAGGGCAAAAUUCCCUCUUUGUGAUCAGUUCAGAUGCGCUGCAGGGUCCACCCCUUCAUCCCGAGGGACAAUCAUUUCUUCUUUUCCUUCCUACUCUGUUGGAUUGGCUGGAAGUGAAGAUAGAUGUGGGCCUUGUCGUGCCCUUCCCUUCUGUGGCUGCCCAGUUACAAUUGUGCCCGCCCAUCUCUCUCUUGUGUGUUUGGAUGCUGAGCCCCUUGGACGCAUUUUAUUGUUCUACCGGACUCCGAAGUGAUCUUGGUGAGGAAAUCUCUAGACCGUAAUGACCAAAUGUUUGUUUUGCUGUAGCCUUUCUAAAUGCAUUCUUACUUCCCCAGGAAAUGUCUAGGUGCCUCCCGCUAAAAACGAUGUACAUGGGAACCAUGUGUGUGUACAGUGGGCUCCGCAGAGCAAGGGCCCAAUAAGGGUUCACAAUAAGGGCAUGUGUGAGGUACAAGACCUCCUCCCUCCACAAAGCAUUCCUGUGGCUUUUGCCCCAGUCCCAGCCUCUCUUCCUUCUCUUGGAAUGGUGAGGACCCAGUUGCAGAGAGCUGUUGUUGAGACUCCUUUCAGAAGGCUGCCUGUCUGCUGGCGAGCUCAGAAGGAUGGACGGGGGUACCUUUUGGCUCACGUGGCUUCCAUUUGUUGGCCGCAGGUUGCUGCUGUCAGCCUAGGAGAGCAAGCAUGGGAGAAGUCAAUCCUAAAGCAUCCACAGCAAAUCAUGUUAAUUUGGAGAGCUGAACAUGGUGGUUUUGGUAUCUUCCAGCAACUCUGGUUCAUUGGGAAGCCUCUUGACUUUAUUGUUGCUGGUUUCCAGGGUCACUGAGUAAAUGAUGCUCUUGCCAGUAUAAUCAUGCCUAAGUGCAUUUAUUUAGAGCUGAUGUUUUGGAAGGGGCGAUGGACCCCUGGCGGUACAUGUCCUUUCUCCAGCUUCCAAGUGAGUAGGAAAAGCAGUAUUAGAGUAUCAGACUAGGACUUGGAAGAUCGGCUUCAAAUCCCCAGCAGCGUGGUGUAGUGGCUAGAGUGAUGGACGGGAAUCUGGGAGACCCAGGUUCAAUUCCCUGCUGUGCCGUGGAAGCUCACUGGGUAACCUUGGGCCACUUACGUGCUCUGAGCUUCGCCCACCUCACAGGAUAGUUGUGAGGAUAAAAUGGAGAAUGAUGUAAGACAUUUUGGGUUUCCAUUGGGGAGAAAGGAAAUCAAGUUAAAUAAAAAUAAAUAAAAGUCCCCACACUGCCCUAAAGCUCUCUGGGUGACUUUGGGUCAGUUACUUUUUCUCAGCCUAACCUACCUCACAGGGGUGUUGUGGAGGACAGAAUGAAAGAGGGAGAGAACCAUAUGUGUCAGCUGGAGCAUGUGAUAGAAGCUGAAAGAGCCAUCCAUUUUUAAGCCCACAUGGGAAAUUGAAUUUCUCUAGACGAACAAUUUAUAGCACUGUCUAGAUGCAGGCAUUGCUCAUUUGUUGAGGGGGAUCCUGUUUAUUUCACUCAUCUGUUUUUAACAUUUUUAUGCCACCUUUCCACCCAAAUAGGGUCCCUAAGGCAGCUGCUAUCAUCUACCACUGCAGCACUUCCACUGCAGGAUUUCCAAGUUCUCACAAAAUAGUAGA